GCAGGGGGCGGGGCUGGGCGUCUCCAGCCUGGGCCUAGCGCGCUGCCGGGGGUGUCGCAGGGACUAUGUCGCCGGCGGCGCGGAGCCACCUGGGCGCUGCUCUGUUUCUGGCAGCGGCUUCUGCGCGCAGUGUAACGACCCAGGUCGCGGCGCGGCGGGGCUUGAGCGCGUGGCCGGUGCUACAGGAGCCCAGCAUGGAGUACCAGGAUGCCGUGCGCAUGCUCAAUACCCUGCAGACCAAUGCCAGCUAUCUGGAGCAGGCGAAGCGCCAGCGGGGUGACCCCCAGACACAGCUGGAAGCCAUGGAACUGUACCUGGCACGAAGCGGGCUGCAGGUGGAAGACCUGGACCGGCUGAACAUCAUCCACGUCACUGGGACCAAGGGGAAGGGCUCCACCUGUGCCUUCACUGAAUGUAUCCUCCGAAGCUAUGGCCUGAAGACGGGAUUCUUUAGCUCUCCCCACCUGGUGCAGGUUCGGGAGCGGAUCCGCAUCAAUGGGCAGCCCAUCAGUCGUGACCUCUUCACCAAGUACUUCUGGCGCCUCUACCAACGGCUGGAGGAGACCAAGGACGGCAGCUGUGUCUCCAUGCCCCCCUACUUCCGCUUUUUGACACUCAUGGCCUUCCACGUCUUCCUCCAAGAGAAGGUGGACCUGGCAGUGGUGGAGGUGGGCAUUGGUGGGGCUUAUGACUGCACCAACAUCAUCAGGAAGCCUGUGGUGUGCGGAGUCUCCUCUCUUGGCAUCGACCACACCAGCCUCCUGGGGGACACGGUGGAGAAGAUUGCAUGGCAGAAAGGGGGCAUCUUUAAGCAAGGUGUCCCUGCCUUCACUGUGCUGCAGCCUGAAGGUCCCUUGGCAGUGCUGAGGGACCGAGCCCAGCAGAUCUCAUGUCCUCUCUACCUGUGUCCACCGCUGGAGGCCCUGGAGGAAGGGGGGCUGCCGCUGACCUUGGGCCUGGAGGGGGAGCACCAGCGGUCCAAUGCCGCCUUGGCCUUACAGCUGGCCCACUGCUGGCUGCAGUGGCAGAACCACCAUGAUGCUGGGGAGCUGAAGGCAUCCAGGCCAGGCCUCCUGUGGCAGCUGCCCCUGGCACCCGUGUUCCAGCCCACAUCCCACAUGCGGCUUGGGCUUCGAAACACGGAGUGGCUGGGCCGGACGCAGGUGCUGCGGCGCGGGCCCCUCACCUGGUACCUGGACGGGGCACACACCCCCAGCAGCGUGCAGGCCUGCGUCCGUUGGUUCCGCCGGGCGCUGCAGAGCCGCGAGAGGCAGAGCAGUGGGACCGAGGUUCGAGUCUUGCUCUUCAACACCACUGGGGAUCGGGACUCGGCGGUCCUACUGAAGCUGCUGCAGGUAAGGAGCCGACUUGGGGUUGGGCGGCAGGCAGUCCUGAAGUCCUGGGUCUGGCGUUGUGACCCUGGAGGGUGUCAACUCCUUUCCUUUCAGUUGUAUUGGGGAUUAGAUGUGACAAGGUGCAUGUGCUGCUUCCGCCAGGCUCUGCAGGGCCACGGGGAGUCCAGUCACAGGCCAUUACUCAUUCUCCCAUGUGUACAGACUCAAACAGACCAACAGAACUUCACAGUGACACUGGACCAGGUGUUGCUCCGCUGCCUGGAACACCAGCAGCACUGGAACUACCUGGAUGAGGAGCAGGCCAGCCCGGCCCUCUGGAGCGCCCCCAGCCCGGAACUUGCUGGGCCUGCAUCCCUGCUGCUGGCGCCCCACCCACCCCACAGCAGCGCCAGCUCCCUUGUCUUCAGCUGCAUUUCACAUGCCUUGCAAUGGAUCAGCCAAGGUCGAGAUCCCGUCUUCCAGCCACCCAGUUCCCCAAAGAGCCUCCUUACCCACCCUGCGGCACGCAGUGGGGCUAGUAUACUCCAUGAGGCUGCUGCCGUCCACGUGCUGGUCACUGGCAGCCUGCACCUGGUGGGUGGUGUCCUGAAGCUGCUAGAGCCUGCACUGUCCCAGUAGUCAAGGCCCAGGGUUGGAGGUGGGAGUCCCCCACAGCUGCCUGCAUUCUCCCCAUGAACUCACAUACCAGGUGCCUUUUGUGCCUCUGCUUUCCUGGUUCUGUCUAGACUGGCGUAGGGACCAGGGCUCUGGGAUGGGAGACCAGGAGAGGAUGUCCUCCGUUUUGAGGCUCUGUGCCUUGGCCUCUCCUCCUUCCCCUUCCUUCUGGCUGAGAUGGCGGACGGCUGAGUUGGGGGCUCCCCAGGUCUCUCACUGUUCCAGUGGCCUGGCCACUCAGGUUGUCUUCCCCCACACCCCGCCGCCUUCUGGCUCAGGCCCAGCUUAUUGUGUGUGCUGCUGGCCAGGCCCCAGGUCCUGCUGGGUGCUGGGUGGUAGAUUUCCUCCUCCCAGUGCCUUCUGGGAAGGGAGAGGGCCUCUGCCUGGGACAGCCUGGGACAGAGAGUGGCUGGAGUGAAUUAAAGCCUUUGUUUUUUUAAAAAAAAUGG